AUGGCAGAGACUGGUAACUCCCAAUUUGCAAUUGCUUGUUCACCUGUGUCUUCUGCUUUUGGGGUUAUAUGCCCAAUCCUUGCUUUGAUUUCAGUUGUUAAUUUGAUAGGCCAGUUUGUUGAUAGAUCAAGUUAUCAAAAUGAUAAAUCAGAUUAUAAGUGGUCAAUCAAUGUGAUUAUUGUGUUGCAAUCAAUUGGGGCAAUAGUAGGUAGUAUAGCACCAAUUUUCAGAUGUUUGACUGCCACCAGUCAUUUCAACCUCUCCAUGAAAUGGAGCAAGAACCAUCUAAACGUGUUCCGAGUCGAGAAGCAUUGGAUACAAUGGCUUCAGCUUUGGAAAAGCAGCCCUGUCCCGACGCAUAUCCCAGGCCGCCAUUGCAAGAAGGUUUUCCAUAAUAUCCGAAAUGUGAUUUUGAACUCUUGUAGCACUUCAGAUAAUGAUUAUAGUUACAUUCAACCUCUAUUCAAUCCUAAUCAUCAUUCAUUCAACUCCUAUUAA